AUGAUCACAAUCACAGACUUGUAUCAUGUGCUAACUGCUGUGGUUCCACUCUACGUCGCCAUGAUUUUGGCCUAUGGUUCAGUAAAAUGGUGGAAAAUCUUCACCCCAGAUCAAUGUUCAGGCAUCAAUCGAUUUGUGGCACUCUUUGCAGUGCCUCUGCUUUCUUUCCACUUCAUCUCCACAAACAAUCCCUAUGCUAUGAACUACAGAUUCAUAGCUGCUGAUACUCUUCAGAAAAUGAUAAUGCUUUUUGUUCUUGCCAUUUGGUCAAGAAUCAGCUCAAGAGGGUCCCUUGAAUGGUCCAUCACUCUGUUUUCUCUUUCUACACUCCCCAACACGCUUGUAAUGGGGAUUCCUCUGUUGAAAGGGAUGUAUGGCGAGUCUUCAGGGAGUUUAAUGGUGCAGAUAGUGGUGCUCCAGUGCAUUAUUUGGUACACUUUGAUGCUGUUCUUGUUUGAGUACAGAGGAGCUAGAAUGCUUAUUGCAGAGCAGUUCCCAGACACUGCAGGUUCCAUUAUCUCCUUUAGAGUCGAUUCUGAUAUCAUUUCUUUGGAUGGUAAAGAGCCUCUGCAAACUGAAGCGGAAAUUGGUGAAGAUGGAAAACUCCAUGUCACUGUGAGAAAAUCAACAAGUUCAAGGUCUGAAAUCUUUUCAAGAAGAUCCCAUGGGCCUAACUCUGGUGUUUCCAUGACACCUAGACCUUCAAAUUUAACAAAUGCAGAGAUUUACUCUUUGCAGUCAUCAAGAAACCCCACCCCAAGAGGCUCAAGCUUUAACCACACUGAUUUUUAUUCCAUGGUGAAUGGGAAGAACGCUAGUAAUGUUAGUCCAAGGCAUUCAAAUUAUGGGAACUUGGGGUUUGAUGAGGAGAGUGGUUAUGGGAACCCUUCAAGGCCUAAUGGGGUUUCUGUGCAGGGGAAUGGAGGGUACCCUGCACCUGUCGGUGCCGGAAUUUUCUCUCCGGUGGCAUCCACCGGCACGAAAAAGAAGGCAAAUGGUACUGAGGGUAAUGGCAAAGAUCUUCACAUGUUUGUAUGGAGUUCUAGUGCUUCACCAGUUUCUGAAGGAGGGAUUCAUGUAUUCAGGGGAGGUGACUUGGGGAAUGAAAUCAACGUUGGAGCUAACCCCAAAGACUAUGAUGAUUUUGGCCGAGACGAGUUCAGUUUUGGGAACAAACAGGGACUAAAUGGGAUGGACAGGGAAGGGCCUGUACUAUCGAAGAUCGGUUCAAGUUCGACUUCCGAGCUUCGUCCGAAGCCUAGUGUGGAGACUAAGACAACAGCUAUGCCUCCGACUAGUGUGAUGACUCGGCUCAUAUUGAUUAUGGUGUGGCGAAAGCUAAUUAGGAAUCCAAACACUUAUUCCAGCCUCUUUGGCCUCACGUGGUCUUUGGUCUCAUUCAAGUGGCAUGUUGAGAUGCCUGUGAUUAUCGCCAAAUCAAUAUCUAUUUUGUCUGAUGCUGGUCUUGGAAUGGCAAUGUUCAGUCUUGGAUUGUUUAUGGCAUUGCAGCCUAGGAUGAUUGCUUGCGGGAAAUCAGUUGCUGCCUUCUCCAUGGCCGUGCGAUUUCUUACAGGACCUGCUGUUAUGGCUGCUGCCUCAAUUGCCAUUGGACUUCGAGGCGUUCUUUUACACAUUGCAAUCGUGCAGUCUGCACUUCCUCAAGGAAUCGUUCCCUUUGUCUUCGCAAAGGAAUAUAAUGUUCAUCCUGAUAUCCUGAGCACUGGGGUGAUAUUCGGGAUGUUAAUAGCUCUACCUAUAACUUUGAUCUACUAUAUCUUGCUGGGACUUUGA